AUACUCCCUAGUUUACCUUAAUUGCUUUUCAUUCAUCUCCAGUUCUUUCCAAUUUCAUGUUGUUUGUUUCUUUUUGAGAUACUGAUUGUCGACAAUCGACGCAAGAUUCCUGUUUGUAAUGCUUUGUCUGCAUGCUUUUUGGAUGUUGCCUUUUGUUCAUAAGUUAACUACGAGAAUGCCAAACUGAAGUAACAGCUUGGAAAUAAGACUUUCAUUCUGAAAGUUACUACUUCGAAAGUUGAUAUUUGUGUUUUAUCUGCAUGCAAGUAGUGGCAGCUAUGGCUAGCAAAGUUUCAGGUGUUACCACUGCAAUUGAUAGGUCAGGAUUCACUGACCAGUGCGGAUUUAUGUGUACAUUCUCCAAACCAAAUCGUUUAACUGAAGCAAAUAAUCUAAGGCAAUAUUUUGAGUUCCGGAAAAUUAGUAGUGGACAAGUCCCUGGGCUGCAAACAUACUCAUCCAACAAGAACCUCUGGCAUGUUUGUGGUAUACCAUAUCAUAGCAUGAUUUUCCGUAGAAAUGGCAUCCUAUGUCGUUCUACCGGCACUAGUAGCAGUGAAACUAAAGAGUGUGCAUGGAGAUCCAAAGAAUGCACUGAUAGCUCAAGUCAAACUGAAGAGGGGCACCCUGUGGGAACUAGUCAUCAUUUGUCGGACCAUCAAUCAAGGUGUCGAAUUGCUUCUUACGCUCAUCCAGGGUUGGCUGAAGCCUGCAGAUUUGUGUACAAUGAUGCAAAAUUUGUGAAUGAAAGGGCACGCAAUGAUAUCAUCUUGCUUUCACGCGGCAUAACAAGAUUGAAUGAUCGAGCACGCCAAGAUGUUGCAGUUCUUGGGCUCGAAUUUCUUAAGCUUGAUGCUCGUGCGAGGGAGGAUACUGAGAAGAUUGACCAUGGUGUGAAGAAAAAAGCUGCUCGAUUACAUCAUAUAGCUACAACCUUAAAAGACAAAGCUCGCUCAAAAUUAAAGACAGUGGCAGACAAGCAUUGGAGUGAUGGUGCCUUGGAGGCUGAUUUAAGGCGAGCAAACUUUUGUAUGAGGCGCCGAGCCAUGGAAGACGCAUUCAUGGCAUUGAAGUUUGUGAGGGACAUCCAUGAGAUGAUGGCAAACAAGUUGUACCAACAACCUAGGACACAAGGUUGUCUCUCAGAGAAUGAUGUUUUGGGUUUUAUCACACUCGAAAAGAAUGGGAAAUCUCUUGAUCUCUUCAGCCAGGAAGUCCCUACAGAUCGCAUAACUGCCAUUCAGGAAGCAUAUUGGAGCAUGGCAUCUGCCUUAUCAGAGGCAGAUGGGAUCGACUAUACUGAUCCUGAAGAGCUUGAAUUGCUGGUGACAACUCUUAUAGAUCUUGAUGCAAUGGAUGGUAAAAGCAGUGUCUCAUUAUUGGCUGAAUGUUCAAGCUCUCCUGAUGUUAGUACAAGGCAAGCUCUAGCAAAUGCUUUAGCAGCAGCUCCAUCCAUGUGGAUUCUUGGGAAUGCUGGAAUGGGAGCAUUGCAGAGAUUGGCACAAGACAGCAACCACGCUGUUGCUGCUGCUGCAUCAAAAGCUAUUGACCAACUGAAACAACAGUGGGAACUGGAGGAAGGUGACAGUUUGAGGUUUAUGAUGAAUCGUUAUCCACAGGAAGAUGAUCAAGAUGAAACUGAUCCAGAGAUGUGCUGACAUGCAUUCAACUACUAAUACUCUUAUUUGAUCCAGAUCUUAUUAGUAACUGUACAAAAUUUUGAUGGGUUGAUGCCCAAAAGUUGUGAACAAAAAUUUAAAAUCUGUAAGAUCACAUAAGUGAUAUUCAGUAUUUUAUUAUCAAGGUCCAAGUUAGGCUUCUCGUUCA